AUGAUGAUCAACGAAGAGGAUGUAAAGAAACCUGUUAACGAGUUGUUGGCAAGUGAGGACUUUCGUGUAAGGUUGAUGUUGACUACUUUGGAGCAUCCAGAUGUGUUCACAGAGGAUGCAGACGACACUCGUUACGAGAAGCUAAAGGACAGACUUGACAGAAUGUUAUCCGACCCAAACAAAGUAUUACAAUUACUUAAUACAUAUAAUGGUGCAUUACUUGAUGUACCCAUCAGGAUAUUGUUAUUGGGUGCACGCGAUGGUGCCAAUGCGAGUGACAGUGGCAGUGACAAUGAUACUGGACAUCAUCAUGGUGAGCAUACAUUGUCGAUUAACUUACGCAUUAUCGCAUUGAUACUUCGUCAUUCAGAGGUGUAUCAUCAGUAUGUUGUCAGCGAGAGUAGUAGACAUCGUUUGUCAAUACAACAGACAUUACAUGACAUCUGUGUUGUGUACACUGUUGCCCAUGCACCAUUGGUACGAGACAGUGCACUCGCGGCCAUCCUCUCCAUGUUGACCUCUGGCCACGCCGCACUCCAAAGAGACCUGCUGCGGCAUCAAUCACACCUCAUAACCAACAUAUUCGACUCAUUCAAAUGUCCCUCCAACUUUGUAUCACGCACGGCUGUCAAGUUACUCUCAUGUCUGGUCAGACAUUUGCUCAAUCACGACGAUCAAUCAAUCACAACAUCAUCAGUGUCAACAUUGAUUGAUUGCGCAUUGCAUGCAGACAGUCAACAACAGUCGUCUGUGGAUGUCAAGUUGUGCCUGCUGGACAUGUUCAUUCAUAUAUUGGUCACCAAGUCUGAACUUGAACUAGACACUGGAUACCUUAUCGCCAAUCAUUAUGUACAGAAAUCAUGUAUGAUGCUACUGGAUAAUGACAGGCUGGUGCGCGAACGAGUCAUCGAGCUCCUAUCACUCUGUGUCCAGUCGUCCACUGUCUGCCAAUCAAUGCACAGUCUGGCACCGAUGUUCAUCUCACUUGCCGGCCGUCUCGUUCAAACACGUCAGCGUGAGUUCAUCACCACCUCAAUAGACCUGGUUGGCGUGCUAGAGGCCACGUCCCUCUUCCCCUUCACAACAUCAUCAACAACACUGGCGCUCUUUUCUCAAUUGGACAACAUAAUUCAAUCAAUCAAUCAAACGACAUCAACAGAAACAUCGACGCCCAGCAACUUCAUCUUGACAGACUCAAUACUUUACAGCAUCGUCCAAGCGACACGAGUCAUCUUGGCGAGGAACCCAAAGUGUGUGGCCGGACUCAGACCAUCACUUCUCAAUCUAAUCUUUACAAUGGCCACAACACCAAGUGGAUACAAAUGUGGAUCAUUCCAAGUGUCGACCAAAACAAUCAAGGAAUCACUGCACUGUCUUGUUUACAUUGACUUGGAAUAUCUUAGCGGCAAUACCAUGGGCUUGGACAUGGGUACUCGAACAAUUGUCCAACAGUUGCUCAACGCUACCAAGUCAUCACAUCGACAAAUUGUUCAUCAAGCCUUCCAAACAAUCGAUCACCAUCUACAUCAGCUGAGCCUGGAUAUUGUGUCCGACCCAUCAUUCAUCCAACAAGUGUACAGAGCGAUCACAAACAUACUUAUGAGUCCGAGUGGAGACUUGCGCGAGGUUGGCCUGGCGUACUUGGCUCGCUUGUUCGCGUGUCCCACCUCCUCGCCAUCGCCAUCAUCAUCGCCAUCACCAUUCCAGUCAGUUGGUAUCCCAGGUCUGUUGGAAAAUGGCAUUGCAAGUAUGAUCGUCAACAAGUUGGCCGACUCUGAUUCUUAUGUGAGAUCAAGCGCAUUGGAAGUGAUCAGUGUGCUCUCAGCAAGCGAGCAUGGAUGGUCCAAGCUACUGGCCACCAACGAUCACACUGGUAGCAUGUUGAAGCGUGAACAACUUCAAGGUGUAGUGAUUGAUGAUAAUGCUCCAACAAAGGUUAUCAACGAAGAUGUGAUGAAUGCCAAUCAGAUCAACUUGGUCAAGUACACCGAAAUGUUAAAGUUGGAGCAUAAUCAACAUCAACAUCAACACCAACAUAUACAUAUACAACAUGAUCUGGUAUCUAAUGGAUCCAAGGUGGAUGAGUAUGAUGGACAGUCAUUCAACGCCGAUGCCAUUGACUUUGAAUGGGAUGACGAAGAGUUUAGAGAACUUGUGGCGAGGACUCAAGAGGAGACGACAACCUUCCUCACUGAUGAGGAUGAUUACAUCGACACGAGCAUCCAACAUCCUCGUCAGGCUGAACACAAUGUCUAUCCAUUUCCAUUCUCCAUCCUCCUAUUCUUUAGUGAUGAGGAAUCAUAUCCAAGAAUGUAA